AUGACCCUGUCCAGACUUCUCUCCACCACUAAGGCAGAUCCUAUCUUGCACGGCACCGUCGCUUACCACCGUUCCUACAUCCUGCUCCCUGUCCCAGAAUCUCCGCAAAUCCUACCUGCACGAGUUUCCAAUCCUCUUCACCGCAGUCUCCAGCUUCAAACAAUGCCAUGGGGUGGCCUCGUUAAUUUCGCGUCGACAAUGGAGACUGGAAAUGUUACGGCGUUUUCAACACUGAACGGAGUCCUGCAUCUCCCUACCUUGACUUCAGAAAAUGUGUCCGACAUUGCCGAGCAGCUCCAGAGACAUGCCACCGUUCCGGGAAAAUACCCCCAAGACGGAAAACUGCAUAUUUACGUGUGCACUCACGCUGCAAGAGACUGUCGUUGCGGAGACACCGGUGGCGUAGUUUUCCGUGCUUUGUGCGAAGAGUUGGAUGCUCGGAAGCGUGUUGACCCGGGAGGAACUGCGAAUCGUGUAGUUCUGGGGGAGGUUGCACAUGUUGGUGGCCACCAAUUCGCCGCAAACGUUCUCGUAUUCCCACAUGGAGAAUGGUUUGGACGUCUGACACCAAAUGAUGUUUCUGCCCUUUUGGACUCGCUUUUGUCCAGCGAUCAGCGUCCUUUGAACCUUCAAGACAAGCCUUUAUUGCCUCAAUUCUGGCGCGGAAGAAUGGGCCUGCAUAAAGAACAACAAAUGAGCCUUGUCAACUCACAAACGUUGAAGUAG